AUGAUAGUUACUUCGUUGCCAGGCUCUCCUGAUCGAAGUCUCGUUACCAACUCUCAAGAUGAUCUUUGUGGCGAGAAAUGGAUGAUCUCCACGAGAAUGAGCUUUGGUGAAAAGCCAGAGGGGCUCGCAAAUGUGCUCCCAAGCUUUCAGGACAAUUCGUUUUCUCUUCCGAGUCGCAAGGUGAAGCAGAUGAGAAAUCACAUCCCCGAUCACAGCGAACGAAGACCACGAAUUAGCAUACUUGGUGAUGAAGAGGCCUCAAACUUUGAGCAAUGCAACCAUCCAAGCACAAACUCAGACUUCCUCCAGAAGAAUCUGGCUCACCGCAAGGGUCCUCUAUCAGCGCUCGCUUCUUCCAUUCCCAGCCGACACAAUAAGUUAGAAUCACCAAGGAAAAGAAAGAGGAGGAUUGGAAUGGAGACACCAUUGGAACAAAGUAAAGAAAGGUUGAGAGAUUCGGCGAAGCGGCCUUCAAAAGAAACAGAUUCCUCGGGAUUUAUUGAGCAUCUCGACGGAGUAGUUUCUGACCUUGGUAUGCAAACAGGUGUUUUGUACCUGGUUGUGGUUAACGACAUUGAGGUUGAGGCGAAAGAGAAGUGGCGAGAUGAAUGGCCCGAGGAAGCCUCGCCAAGUCUUCUUCAACCGGGUGAAUUUGAAUGGAAUGGCAAAGGGAGCACGAAUAUAGGUCAGAAUACUGGCUUUUGUUCCAUGCCAAAGGAUGACAACAUGGAGACACCACUACCAGCCUAUGAGUCCGAGACCGUGUCCCCUAGUGCCGAAACAGAAUAUGGUAUUUAA